GCACUCUGUCACAGGAGUGCGAGCCGCGCGCACCCACCAAACUGCACGCUCGUUCCGCACCUUCUUCGACGUUCGGUCGCAGUCAUUCGCAUUGUACGUCAACGGCGUUUCGCAAUUGUCUUUUGAUCGCCAGAUCCGGUGCAUUCGCGUGUGCGCGAUUCCGUAUAUCGCAUUAUUCGUUAUUCAUUCGUGCGAAUCUUUCUACAUCGACGACUGUCAUUGCUUAGGGACAGUAGGCAGAGAUAACGGUCGAAUGACAUUUUGUCGAAGGGAAUACCAGUUAAGAGCUGACAGUGUGAAUAGCGUUGAUGUGCGCGAGUGAACAAGUGAUAAAAAUCAGCAGUCAGGAGUCAGUGCGCAUUCAGUCGCAGAGACUGAUUCGUAGAUAGAGUGAGACAGAGAUUUACGAGUCAUCCAUUGAUGCGUUGCCGAUUGGAGUAUAAUUGAAGGAGUUUGCUGCUGUCCGCUCGAUAAACAGUUGAAGAAAGUUUCGACGAAAGGCACGCACAAAUAAAGUGGACAGUGCGCGCGUGCAUGAUAUACGUGAGAGCUGUCGACGUUGGCUUAGAAAAUAAAGCGGGGGCCGGCAAUUUACGAAUCAUCGAUGUGCUCUCGGCUGGCUGAAUGUGAAACGCAGUCGUGACUGAUUGAAAAGCCAGUGAAAGUGUUGUGGAAAAUUGUGUGGCGCGCAGCUGGCCUCGCCGUCGUCUGACAAUGACUGUGCAUGCUGAAUAAUGACCGAAAGUUAUGAUCUUUGAGCCGCGCGCAUAACCCGAGUUUCACGGCAAGCGUCCGGCGAAAGUCCUAUCUCGAGCUAUAACAACAGCAGCAGCCGCAAUAACGACGGCCGUAAUAAUAAUCGAUAAUCGUGCGUGUGAUCGCGUGUCAGAAGCGAAAACCCAACCCAGCGGCAGCGCUUCGAGCCCGAAAAGCCAGUGCGAGCGCGGGAAAAAUGGAAAGCAGCGGCAUUACGGCGGACUAGUCGAGCGAGAGCGCUAAUAAGAAAGCGAGGGGCGGGGAGAGGCGAUAUCAGUGGCAAGCUAACAGUGCGAAAGAUUACGGCGAGCCACGGAAUUCGCGGGCGCUUGCGCUUGCAAUAUCGGCGCCGCGCGCGACUGAAAUUUCCCACGAGCGCGGAACAGCUGCACGUAUAGAGGCCGAGCCGCACGGGCCUUGGACCGAAGCGAGGACAAUCGGGAGUGACGGCCGGGCGUUGCGCGCAGAAUUAAAAGGAACUAAGCACGACGGUGGCAGCGCGCAUGCAAGUCGGGUGAAAGUACGCCAGAUCCGAAUCUCGUAAGUGUUCUGCGCCGAGGUCCGUGUGCGGGAAAGCCAGCCAGGCCGAGGAAUCAGAGGCCGCGCCUGGCUCGCGGGCGCGCGCGCCACUGGGCCACUCCCUCGCAGCUCGGCGCCGAUCUGCCGCUGCGGAGCGCGUGCGGCGCGAAAGGGACUGCGGAGCGGCUCGGACACCGCCGAUGAUCGAUCGGCGGCCGCGAUCGCACGCCCGAGAUCGCCGCCGAUAGGCCAGCGCCACUCGCGCCCCGACGACGAGUCAUGCGCCCGAGCGCACCGGCGCAGCCAGCGGCUUGCCGCGGGCCACAGCUCUGCUAGAGGCCGGAGCCAGCAGCGACUCGGCGGCCGCGCGCACCGCAGCGGGGAAACGGCACCGGGCGCAGGGCGGCGCGCGAGGAGGCUCCCCCGGAGCGCGAUGCCGGGCCCCGGCCGGCCGGCGGCGCUGCUGCUGCCGCUGCUGCUGCCGCUGCUGCUGGCGGCGGCGGCGGCGCGCGCGGAGCAGCGCUUUUCCGAGACGCCGACGGAGUACCAGGAGGUGUCGCAAGGCGAGGACGCGCGGCUGAGCUGCCGUGUGCAGGACAAGCGCGGCCAGUGCAUCUGGCAGAAGGACCGCAAGCCCGUGGGAGUGCACCCCGACAAGUACGAGUGGGCCGGCACCCGAGACGGCGACUGCUCGCUCCUGGUCAAGCGGGCCAGCCUGGAGUUCGACGACGGCUUCUGGGAGUGCCAGGUCACCCCCGGCGACUUCACGCGGCAGGACGCCCUCACCUCGCCGCCCGCCCGGCUGCUCGUGCGAGUGAAACCGAGGAAGCCGCAGCUGGAGUACGCUGGGGCGCUGCUGACCACGGCGUUGACUCUUCGCGAGGGGCAGGAAGCAAUGAUAUCCUGUGUGUCGAGAUACGGCAACCCGCCGGCCCUCAUCAAAUGGUUCAUAGGGGACGAGGAGGUGCAGCCCAUGCGAGAGCAAACUAAUGCCACCGAAGUCGAUAAUCCAAAAACUUGGGCGGCUCACAGUCAGCUUCGAGUUCGUGGUAACCGAGAUAAUCACAAUAAACCCAUAAAGUGCUUGACGAUGCAUCCGGCGAGCCCGCUCAGCGAGCUCACCGAGUCCAGAUUCGACAUUCACUAUUCGCCGGAGGUGAAAAUGGAGACUAGCCCGCGGAUGUUGGUUUCGGGACUAGAGGACUCGGCGAGCUUUGUGAGCCUGCGCUGCACCGCCGACUCGAACCCGCCAGCGACGAUCAAAUGGUACAAGGACUCGUCGCCGAUAAUGAUGUCGUCGUCGGGCGACAGGCUGCUGCCGUCCGGGGCGCUGUACAACCGGAGCCUGGUGAACGGCAGCUUCGUCGAGUCGGAGGUACGCUUCGAGCCCAUCAAGCGCGAGGACCAGGGCCUCUACAGUUGCCGAGCCGUCAACGUCAUUGGCGAGAGCGCGCCGGCCAGCUACAGGCUCGACGUCGAGUAUGGACCAAAACCACGCUCUCUAGAUUCGUCGCAGCCGCUAGACAGGCCCCUAGACGAGAUCGAGGAGACAACGGGUUUGGGCUCGAACAUCGAGCCAUUCGAGUGUCCGGAGUUCGAGGCCAAUCCACCAGCGCACUAUCGUUGGCUGCACCAACGCGGCGGCACUACUGACACCAUCGACAAUCGCAACAGCGAAAACGGCCCCGACGGGGGUCGCCGCUUACGACUGGAAAAUGUCGGCUGGGCAGACGAGGGCGAGUACCGCUGCGUUGCCUACAACGUCAUCAAUGGGGUGCGUCGCGAGAUGCCGAGCGACGUGCGCUUCGUGUUGCACGUGAUCGGACCGCCCGAAAUCCAAGCGAGACCCCACGGCUCAGGCGCGGAGCGAGGACCAGACGGCGUGCACGAGUCGGUCGGCUGGGCCGGCGAGCCGGUGCAUCGUCUCAAGUCGAGAUUCUGCUCGCGGCCACCGCCGCGCAUCGUCGCUUGGCAGUGGGGCAGCUCCCACAUACGAGCAGGUGAAAGCAUAAGCCCGAAGUACGAGGCGCUACCCCUGGAGCCGAUAAUCGAGAACAAGAUGGUGAGCAACUGCUAUUGGGCGAAGCUGGAGAUCCGGGAGCUGCAGCGCGAGGACGCGCGCAAGUACACGCUGGUGGUGGAGAGUGACAAGGGCCGCGACUCGACGGACAUCCGGCUGGUGGUGCGCGACCCCAGCGAGCUGCGGAUCAUCGCGGCCGCGGGCGCGGUCGGCCUGCUGGUGCUGCUGCUGCUGUUCGCCCUGGGCGUUUACUCGCUGAUGCGCUCCCGGCGCAAGCACCGCGAGUACCGCCACGAGGAGGAGGAGGGCAGCAUCUCCGCCGAGACCUACUACGGCGCCUCCCAGCAGUCCCAGCAGUCCCAGAACGGCACCUCGGCAGCCGCCAGCCAGCCGCAGCCGCAGCCCACCAAGCCCACCACCAUCGACCGCAACGGACAGCUCAAGGCGGCCCUGCACCAGCAGCAGAUGCAACAGCAGCAGCAGCAGCAACAACACCAGCAGCACCAGCAGCAGCAGCAGCAGUACCAGCAUCAGCAAGUGCAUCAGCAGCUGCAGCAGUACCACCAACAGCAGCAGCAGCAGCAGCAGCAGCAGAAUUGCGGUCCGAAGGGCGCAAUGAUGGGCGGCGUUUACGGCAGGAAGCCGAGCAUCGAGGGGGGCCUGGCCGUGAUGUACGACUACGAUCAGAUCGCCUGCAAGUCGAGGGCGGCCAUGAGCCCGGAGGCGCUGAAAGUGCGCCGCGCGCCGGCUGUGCUGCAGCCGCCGACGAUCGUCUAGCACACAUCUCAUCGAUACGACGAGGGCCGAUUCGCCGUUUUCUACGGCAAGGAACAGCCCGAGCUGCCCCCUAGUCCCCCCUUCGACUCGAUGGCAUUCCGCGAUUAGUGGCUCCGCGCUGCUCGCCCGACAAGCUUUAUCGCUCUCUCUCCAUCGCGCGGCACGCACCCCCGCGCGCCCGAGCUGCCUGGCUCUCGCUUUCGCUCUCGUUCUCGCUCUCGUUCUCGUUUUUCUCCGACGCGGCGUGAAAAAGCGUUUUCGUGUUGCUCUCUCCGGCGGCUAUUACCUAUUUAUCGGGCCUCUACGCUCGCCGCACUGCCGCCGCCACUUUCGCCCUCGCAGCCCUACUUUUGCGCGGCCAAUCGAGCUUUCUCGUCGCCAAUCAAUUCUCGCUCACCUGCUCUUCUCGCCUUGUAUUCUUGUACAUAUAGCCGUUCCUCCAGUCCGCGACAGAUUUCAUUUUGCGCACGGGUGUCCCACCGCGGCUAGGUUCUCUCUCCGAAUCACGACCGCCUGAGCCUCGGCACUGAUUGCGUUGCCGAUUUUUAUUUCACGUCCCUUUGCGCGACAGCGCCUUGCCUUCUUGCAACUGCCAUGACUUUUCCUUCGUACUUUACGCACUUGCCGCCGUGCAUGUUAUACCGACAGUGGCGCUGAAUACCAACUACUGCAUGACCAAUUCUUUCUUGCUGAAACAGCCUUUGUUUCAAAAAAGACUGUUACCCUCGAACACGAAAAAAGACUUCUUUACUCAACGUCAAGUUUCGCUUCUGUGACAACAAACUGAAAACCAUUGUUCAACAAUCUCUCUUACGGGCGCUUCGACGCGCGAGACUGGAAUACAUAAGCGCAUCCUGUCUGACAAAAGUCCGCGCAGACUUUCUUUUUAUGUCACUCCUCAUCGAGAUUCAAGCCCCGUUUUUCAAAAAUUUAGAUCCUACUCUAUUCUCGAAAAACUUGUACAACAGUCAUUGUUAUUCUUCAGACGCGAGAAAAUAACAUUUGCAUUUUGACGUUCUUUAAUUUUUAUUCUUCAGACAUUAUCUCGUUCAACAUUUUCAUUGUUUCCAUUUUACAUUCCAUUUAUUUAUUGUAAUCCGAGCUACGAAGAAAUGUUACGUAUUGAAACAUUUAGUAUUUGUUUGUUCCUUUUUUUUACAAUAAUUUACAAUUAUGCUAUUAUACCCUGAAAGUAGUUCUGUUGAGAAAAAAAAGAUGAUCCAUUGUUUAUACAAUACAUAUCUACGUGAAAUGUUUUUCAAUUGUUGAUAUUUAUACAGUUUAAAUCAAAGUAAAAUUAUUACUUUACCAAAACCCUUUUAUUACCUCUUAAGCUUUAUAAAUUUAUUUAAUUCAUCGGUCGUUGAAAAGUCAACAAAGAAUUUUUAGUUCUAUUACAUUUAGCUUAUGUGCAUAAUUUUUUAACGAAAGGAUUUGUAAGAAAAAAAUUAAUAUUUGCUACUGUGUACAAUUUUAAUUUUUAGCAGAUAAGAACAACACACCUUCCAAAGAUGUAGUUAAUAUAAAUUUAAGGUGAUGAUAGAAAUUAAGACUCAUUCAUAAACUAAUUACAAUUUCUUAUUAUUUGAUUAGAUGAGCGACUAAUUUUAAGUAUUACUAUUCUGUAAGAAUAUGUAUUUUUCUUAAAUAUAGUUGAGAAUAAAUUAGUUUCAUGUAAGUACUUAACAAGUUGAUAAAAAUAGGUAAUUUAUAAAACAUGCUGCGAGAAAUGUAAGCUUGCAGGAAAUAAACCAGAUUUCAAUAUUAUUUAUUCAGACAUUGUUGUAUUUUUGACUGA